CCGCCCCGCGGGACCGGCCGGGCUCGCCGCCUCCGCCCGGCUGCACCUGUGGUGGGGUGGCCUUGAGGGUCCCUCUUCUGGAGUCCCAGUUUACCUGACUCGGGGCUUGCGUGCGCCCUUGUCAAGCUCGUGGUGCACAUAGGGGUAGACAGGGGAAUUGCGCCUGCUUUUCUGCCCCACUUUACAGAUGGUUGGUUGGUAGUCGUCCCCCAUCUUCUUGAGCAACUUCCACUUUUUACUAGUCGUCCUGCUUUCCAAAUGAAAUGAAGGAGAGUGACAUUUGUGUACCUAGACCAUUUUAUAAAUGCGCUUUUGGGGGAGAUGUCGAAGGGGAUAUUCCAGUGAUCUAACUUUUGGGGGACACAAUCCUGAAACCUGGGAGUUAUGGAGACUGCCUGCAAGACCGCAUGUUCAAAAUUUUACAAUUUCAGAAGUGCUCUGGUUCCUGGAGCUUGUCCUUGGGCCCCUGGGAUUAUCUUGAACACAUAACAGCCAUUGGCCCCAGGACUACAGGAAGUCCAGAAAAUGAAAUUCUGACGGUGCAUUACCUCCUGGAACAGAUUAAACUGAUUGAAGUUCAAAGCAGCAGCCUUCACAAGAUUUCAGUAGAUGUACAGCGGCCCACAGGUUCCUUUAGCAUUGACUUCUUGGGUGGUUUUACAAGCUACUAUGACAAUAUCACCAACGUUGUAGUAAAGCUGGAACCCAGAGAUGGAGCCCAGCAUGCGGUCCUGGCUAACUGUCAUUUUGACUCAGUGGCAAACUCACCAGGUGCCAGUGAUGAUGCAGUUAGCUGUUCAGUGAUGCUGGAAGUCCUUCGCGUCUUGUCAACGUCUUCAGAAGCCUUACAUCAUGCUGUCAUUUUUCUCUUUAAUGGUGCUGAGGAAAAUGUCUUGCAAGCCAGUCACGGUUUCAUCACUCAGCACCCCUGGGCCAGCUUGAUUCGUGCAUUCAUUAACUUGGAGGCAGCGGGUGUAGGAGGAAAAGAACUUGUGUUCCAAACAGGUCCUGAAAAUCCAUGGUUGGUCCAAGCUUACGUUUCAGCAGCUAAACACCCUUUUGCUUCUGUGGUGGCUCAGGAGGUUUUUCAGAGUGGAAUCAUUCCUUCAGAUACUGACUUCCGUAUCUACAGGGAUUUUGGGAACAUUCCAGGAAUAGACUUAGCUUUUAUUGAGAAUGGAUACAUUUAUCACACCAAGUACGACACAGCGGACAGAAUUCUAACAGAUUCCAUUCAGAGAGCAGGUGACAACAUUUUAGCAGUUCUUAAAUAUCUAGCUACAUCUGAUAUGUUGGCCACUUCUUCUAAAUAUCGACAUGGAAACAUGGUCUUCUUUGAUGUGUUUGGCUUAUUUGUCAUUGCCUACCCCUCUCGUGUUGGCUCAAUAAUUAACUACAUGGUGGUAAUGGCUGUUGUUUUGUACCUGGGCAAAAAAUUUUUGCAGCCCAAACAUAAGACUGCUAACUACACGAAGGACUUCUUCUGUGGACUUGGCAUCACUCUGAUAAGCUGGUUCACUAGCCUGGUUACUGUCCUCAUUAUAGCAGUGUUCAUCUCUCUUAUCGGACAGUCUCUCUCAUGGUAUAACCACUUCUAUGUCUCCGUUUGUCUGUAUGGAACUGCAGCUGUAGCCAAAAUAAUAUUCAUACAUACCCUCGCAAAAAGAUUUUAUUUUGUGAAUGCCAGUGGCCAGUACCUGGGAGAAGUAUUUUUUGACGUCUCGCUGUUUGUGCACUGUGGUUUCCUCAUAGCUCUCACUUAUCGAGGACUUUGCUCGGCCUUUAUCAGCGCUGUCUGGGUGGCGUUCCCGUUGCUCACAAAGCUUUGCGUGCACAAGGGCUUUAAGCAGCACGGUGCUCAAGGAAAAUUUAUUGCCUUUUACCUUUUGGGGAUGUUUAUUCCUUAUCUUUAUGCAUUGUACCUCAUCUGGGCGGUAUUUGAGAUGUUUACCCCUAUCCUUGGGAGGAGUGGUUCGGAAAUUCCACCUGACGUUGUGCUGGCUUCCAUUUUGGCUGGUUGUACGAUGAUUCUCUCUUCCUAUUUCAUUAACUUCAUCUACCUUGCCAAAAGCACAAAAAAAACCAUGCUAACUUUAACUUUGGUGUGUUCAGUUACAUUCCUCCUUGUUUGCAGUGGAACAUUUUUCCCAUAUAGCUCCAAUCCUGCCAGUCCGAAGCCAAAGAGAGUGUUUCUUCAGCAUGUGACUAGAACAUUUCAUGACCUGGAUGGAAACAUAGUUAAACGGGACUCCGGAAUAUGGAUCAAUGGGUUUGAUUAUACUGGAAUGUCUCACAUAACGUCUCACAUUCCCGAGAUCAACGACACCAUCCGAGCUCACUGUGAGGAGAGCGCGCCCCUCUGUGGUUUCCCCUGGUAUCUUCCAGUGCACUUUCUCAUCAGGAAAAACUGGUAUCUUCCUGCCGCAGACGUUUCUCCAAGAGAUCCUGCUCACUUCAGACUUGUGUCCAAAGAACGGACACCCUGGGAUUCUGUAAAGCUGACCUUUGAAGCCACAGGACCAAGCCAUAUGUCAUUCUACGUUCGAACCCACAAAGGGUCAACACUUUCUCAGUGGUCUCUCGGGAAUGGCACCCCAGUGACAAGUAAAGGAGGGGACUACUUUGUAUUUUAUUCCCAUGGACUUCAGGCCUCUGCAUGGCAGUUCUGGAUAGAAGUACAGGUCUUGGAAGAACAGCCUGAAGGAAUGGUUACUGUCGCCAUUGCUGCCCAUUAUCUUUCUGGGGAAGACAAGCGAUCCUCCCAGCUGGAUGCUCUGAGAGACAAGUUCCCAGACUGGACAUUUCCCUCUGCCUGGGUGUGCACCUACGAUCUCUUUGUGUUUUAAUCUUGUGGAUGAGCUCUAAGUACGUGCCCAGUGGGAUACUCCAUGUGACACUGGUUUCUCCCUAUGUUUCAUGGAUGUUUGUAACGUCAGUCAGUGAAUUUUAAUGAGCAUAUGUUCAAAGAGCUUUGUGGGUAACACUCUUCAGGGCCAAGCACUGUAAUGGUUAUGCUGUGGGGUACUGAUUCAUGGCCUUUUUGAAACUUGAAAAUGCCAGUUUUCUGGCGCUUAAGCACAUGUGGGUACUGCCACUACACACGUAUGUCAUUUUAUAUGACCUCAAGGACAAGAGCCAACAAACCACUUUAAUAGUUGUCCCCUUAGGAUCUAGAAGGUAGUCUAAGACCAUUUGUUAAUGAGACAUGACAUUUCCAAUUAAAGCCCAAGACCACUGGUUGCGUCUGUGGAUGGGAGGUAGAGUAUCAUUCACUGGGGUGAUGAUUCCCCCCGGACUCAUUAGAAAACAACUGAAAUAAGGACUCGGGAAGAACCAUGGGCCUUUUGAGGCCCUAGCCUGUGCUGACGGCUGUGCUGCCUCACGCAGCCUCUAGACUGCGCUGCAUCUCUGUAGUGAAGCCCAUGACCUCUGAUGUGGAAACCUUGCUGAGCUGGUGACUCCUGUCCUUCUAGAAAGUGUGCACUGAGAUCCAUCGUUGUGAUCCUCCUGAGGUUGUUUUCAAUGCCUCUUUCCCUCUGAAACAUCUCUGUUCUCCGCGUCACCUUAUCAUUUUGAGAAGAGGAGCAUUUGUCCAGCUCCAUUUCCCUCCGCAUUUUCACAGGCUCUUUUGGUUCAGAAUGGUGGCUUGCGCAAGUACACAACCUUAACUUCCUUCCUCAGAGCACUGAGUUGCCAUAGUGGCUAUUCUUGGCGGGGGGAGAGGCUGGGCAUUUUAUAAAUAUUUAUUCUCUUUGUUUUGUAGGAGUCUUCUGUUAUCCAAGGUUAAUCCUUUAGGGCAUCCUUUUAUUGAUGCACUGGGUCCUUAUUUGUAUCUGUUUUCCAGCCAAUUGAACAGAUUAGUUUCUCAGUAACUUACUGUCUGGAAGAGCUGCCUUUCCUGAGACUUGAGCGUGUGGCUUGUACUGGAAUGAGACCACUAUACCUACAGCUGUUGGUGUUCAGAUCCUGCGCAAUGACAGCCCCAGGUUAAAGGUGCUUUUCAUUUUGAAGAAGAUGGCUGUGUAGCUGGGAGGUUGUACUACAGCAGUGCCUCUCACGGCUUCUUGGCUCCAGCAGUGGAAAGGCUUGGUGAGAUCAGUGAUAAAUUCCACUAGCUUUCUUUUUUCCAUUAACAAAUGUAAAAAGUUGGAGGAAUUUUGAGUUGGGCAAGCAUCAGCCAAGCAAAGCCAUAGUAAAACAAACAAAGUAGCACUUGGAUCCGCCUGAACAGAAGAGCAUUUUAAGUGUGCGUUGCAGGAGGAAAUUCUUUUUGAAGCUGCUUGUGUGAUGUGUACAUUGUGCUUUCUUAAUCAUGCUCCUCACAUUGCCUGCCUAAUCUGUGACUCCUUAAAAACUGACAGGGCCCAUACAGACAGCAGGGCUGCAGCCAUGGACACUGGAGCCAUUGCUUUUCCCAGACUUAGUAGAAACUACAUCUAUUACUAGUCUCAAGUGCUUCAAGCGUCUCCUGCUACAUGUAUCUGUCAGGUGGUACAUAAGGUUUGCAGUGUUUAAAGCUUGAAUAGAAUCACAGUUGUGGAGAAAAAGUUAGAAACAUCUCAAUGAAUUUAAAAAUACAGGCAUAUUUCCUGUGGUGACUCUGAAAUAGAGUAGAAAUUAUUUAUGGGGGGGGAAGCAAAAUCCCAAGUGUUGAGGAAGGACAUUGUAUGAAAACAAAUAGUUUCCUGUGAUUUUUUUCCCUUGGGAAGGACACUCUUACUCUUUUUCAGAAGUAAUUAUGGUUCGCUUUUUGCCUUUGGCUUAUUUUCCUCUGUAAACAGUUUUUUUUGUUUUGGUUUUCUUUGGCAUUAUGAAGCUCUGAUAUUGUGCAAGGUCUGUCACAAGAUGCUUAAUAAUGCCCGAAAUGGUUAAGUAAUUACAACACCUAUGGCUCUGUUAAUAAGCACACUGUUUCAGAUUAAAGAAUGUUAGUUUUCUUUUUUUUUUUUUUUGGAGUAUAUCUAAUCAUUUGAAUAACUCAUUUCUAAAAGGGUCUUUUCAAAUUCUAACAAACAAAUGCAUUAUUUCUUACAGAACUUAAAUGUAAGUAGCACAGUACUGCACAUUCAGGGAGCGCGUAAAGAAUUUUGAUUUUGAAGAAAUCUUUUCUUAAAAUUUACAUUGUGUCAGACCAAAUGGUUGUUAGAUGAAGUAUUUGUUUCCACAGUUUAGCAGAUGUAAAUAAGCAUCAUAGGAUUCCUAAAAUGUUACCACUGAGGGGACCAUAAGCCAGUUUGCUGACUCAGGAAGCUGUAGAAGAAUGAUCAUGUCUGUCCGUUUCUUAUUAGUGGUUUGUUGACUCGUUAAUUGUUGCCUUACUGUUACUGAAAUAAAUUUUUAACAUACUAAGGUAGUAUCGUUAACAGAAACACAGAUCUUUAUUGUGUUCUCCUGUAGCCCCAUAUUUGAAGUUAUUUCAAGUCUAUAGAGCCUUUUAAAGCCUUUUUAAAAAUAAUUGCUGUAGAAGACCUAGAUGGCUUAUGUUAUUUUAAUGGGUGAUGUGAGCAAAGAACUCAACAUGGAAGUGCUAGUUUACUUCACCUGGAAUCCUUUUUGCCAUGGAAUGAAAUUGUGCCGCUCAAUUUCACAUAAAUUAAUGACCUGCUUGGUAAAUGUUAAGCUUCAGCACACUUAGCAGUUUUAAAUCAUCUCCACUGUCAAAGAAAAUCACUGAAGGGCUCAUAAAGAAGGAUGUCUUUAUUGGUGGGUAGGGAUGGGAGGGAGGGAAAAAGAAAUUGUCUUUCAGUCAGAGUGACCUGCUACUCAUUCUGAUCUCCACACAAGGGAAGGGCACCACCACUCCCCAAAAUAGAAUUGUGAGUCCAAGAUCUCUGUGCAAGUUAUUUCAUUUUCCCAGUGAAUUCCCUGGAAACAGUUCAGCACAAGGUAAAGCAGCUGAACAACUUCUAUUCCUAAUACACUUUGCCUUCUUUUAGGGCCAAUAAAGCCAGAAUACGUUUA